CCCAUAACGUACGAAGGACAGAACAAGAAUCCCGAAAUGUGCAGAGUUUUGCUUACUCAUGAAGUCAUGUGCAGUCGGUGCUGUGAGAAGAAAAGUUGCGGCAACAGAAAUGAGACUCCAUCUGACCCUGUGAUCAUUGACAGAUUCUUCUUAAAAUUUUUUCUCAAGUGCAAUCAGAAUUGUUUGAAAACAGCAGGAAACCCAAGAGACAUGAGACGGUUCCAGGUAAGUCUUAUAAGGCUCAGCAUUAACCUGCCUGCUUUUUUUCUUCUUUUCCCUCUCCCCUCUCCUACAUUGUUCAUAAUAAAUAUGAUGACAGUAUAUGAUAAGCC